UGAGCGUGUGCGUUUGUGCCGCAGGUCACGGUGCUGGGCACCCCCGCCGAGGAGCAGGGAGGAGGCAAGAUCGACCUGAUCAACGCCGGGGCGUUUGACGACUUGGACGUGGUCUUCAUGGCUCACCCCUCGCAGGAAAACGCGGCUUAUCUGCCCGAUGUGGCUGAGCACGACGUGACUGUGAAAUACUUUGGAAAAGCUUCUCAUGCUGCUGCUUAUCCUUGGGAAGGAGUUAAUGCAUUAGAUGCUGCUGUUCUUGCAUACAACAAUCUGUCUGUUUUAAGACAGCAAAUGAAACCCACCUGGAGAGUUCAUGGUAUUAUAAAAAAUGGUGGUGUGAAACCUAAUAUCAUUCCUUCUUACACUGAAAUGGAGUUUUACUUGCGUGCCCCUUCAAUGAAAGAUCUUUCUGUUCUGACAGAGAAGGUUGAGGACUGCUUCAAAGCUGCAGCACUGGCCACAGGAUGCAAAGUGGAAAUAAAAGGGGGUAAAAACGAUUACUACAAUGUGCUUCCAAAUAAAAGCCUGCAGAAGAUUUACAAGGAGAAUGGAAAGAAGCUUGGAAUAGAAUUUAUAUCAGAAGACUGCAUUUUGAAUGGUUUGUCAGGUUCCACAGAUUUUGGAAAUGUUACCUUUGUAGUCCCUGGGCUUCAUCCUUAUUUUUAUAUUGGUUCUGAUGCCUUGAAUCAUACUGAGCAAUACACAGAAGCUGCAGGGUCACAGAACGCCCAGUUCUAUGCUUUGCGCACAGCAAAAGCUUUGGCUAUGACAGCACUGGAUGUCAUUUUCAAUCCAGAUCUACUAGAACAAGUUAGAGAAGACUUCAGACAAAUGAAGCUAAAAGAAGAGGGACAAGUAAAUCAAGCAGAAACUGACAGAAAGCCUGGUGCUGGUGUAGGAGCAUGUGCCUCACGCUAAACCUUAUUAAACCUCACUCAAUAGGGUUGAUUCAAUGGGGACACUUUGAAUGUCAGUCAGGCCUGGGGUAGACAAGUAGCUGAACAAACAUUGAGGAGAAUCAAAUAAUAACAUUGCUUUUAAAAAUGCACACUUUCCUGUAGCUGUAAUAUUUGCUGUACUCAGUAUGGUAGUGUAUUUCGGAGAGACCUCAGAUAUGUUAUCUGUCAGUUACAGAGUUGAAUAAAUGGUAGCAUUUAGAUCUCUUAAGUGAUUCUCUUUUGCUAUUGAAAUAUCCCUUAUGGAACAUACAGCACUUACAUAGAAACUUCUGAAAUAAGCAUUAUUCACUCUGAUCACAGGCUGAUUCUGACCUACAAGGCCAGUUACCUUGUUUUGGAUCAAAGCAAACUUAAAACCUGAGAUGAUUUCGCUGGAAGGAAGGAUAAUGUAUUUGGGAGCAGGCCUGUUUUUGAUGGUAGUAGCUUCUAGCAGUGGAAGAGAACUGUUUAUGUAGAGACAAGAUCUGUUAAAUUUGACUGUUCUGAAAUGUAUUGACCAUCCUUCUGAUAAAUUUUAGAGGUGUUGUUUAGUCCUCCAAAAAAAAAAAACAAAAACAAAAAACCAACAAUAAGCAGCUGAGUGUUUCUGUCUAGCACUAGUUUAUAUUGUUGAAGUUCUACUCCAGACAAAACAAAUGUUUAUGAAACAUUUGCAUUAGCCUGAUCUAAUGAAUGUAUACAGCAAAAGCAGUGAAAUUGUUUUUUAGGAGAAUGAAAGUGUGAUAUUGUGGAACAUCAAGUGAAGGUAACUUGAAACUUGCUUUGUGCAGACUCUGAUAGUAAGUUCUGAGGAGCUUGCACUGAAGAUUUCUUGUGAAGGAAAUGAUUUCUCAAACCUGUUUUGUCCUACAUCCCAAGCAUCAGAUCUGUUAAAUCUUGUCAGUUGUCCUUUCUAUGUAGCGUGGUUAGUUUCUUUAAUCCUUAUUUGACUUCUUGCAGACAUUUAUGUGGCAGAUUUUAUUUGAGAGAUAAUUUGUGUGAAAACCCACUGUUUUUUUUUUUUAAUUGAUUCCUUAAACUAUCAUGUGAAUACGUAGGAGAGAAUUUUUUGUCAGAUGCAAGUUACUGAGCUAUUUGGACACACUGAGUAAAAAGCAGCUUAUUAGCUAACGUUUUCCCAAGCAUAGUAGUAAGAGAAAUCAGAAAGUCUGUAUACCUAAAACAAUUUUGGAAACAUUGCUUUUAACAGCACGAGUCUCUAAAUCGUAAAUUCUAGAAGGCUAAUCAGAAUUUUAUUGUAUUAAUUUCCAAAUUAUAUUUUCUAAUUUAAAAGAAAACCAAAAUAAUUUAAAAAACACACAGAGUAAUUGGUUAAAUUUUUCACUCCCUCUGCAUUUGUUUUUCGUUGCUGUUUUUGAGAUGGAGUGGCAGAAUCCCAAUGAAAAGAAUAUGUGCUACACGGUUGUGCAAGCUGAUGUGAGUUACUGUCUUCUCAGUACUUUGUCCAACUAGCUGGCUGUUCAUUGCAUCAUGUCCAAGAUUAUUUAUACAUCUCAGUAAUAAAAGCACAUCUUAAUUUUGUUGUAAUCAUCACUGGAGUGAGAAUAAAACUGCUCAAAAGUAUUGAUAAAAGAUGAAUUUAUAUCAA